UGUCAACAAAUAAUAAUAAGGAUGCUGGUACUACGUUAGGCUCCUCUGCAAGCAUUUCAUACUCAACUCGCACAGCAAACAGUCAAAGUGAAUCUUCAAAGCCUCAACCAGAAUCCAGAGGAUCACAAAUACCUUCAGGCAUUAAUACUGAUGGCCCACCAUUACAGGCAAAAACCACGGAUGUCCCUCAGAACGUACUAUCACUGAUUCUUAACGAUGAACAAACUCAGUGGAUAUUAAAUACUGCAGGGAUGAUGUUAUGCAGGGAGCUUGAAAUAAAGACAUCUCCUAAGAGCUUUCUUAAUUUACUUUAUCGAGGUAGUCGUGAUGGUUAUAGACCAAGUGCUUUCCAUAAGUUGUGUGAUAAUCAAGGGCCUACUAUUGCAGUCAUUAGAACCAAGGAAAAUAAUGAGAUAAUUGGAGGAUAUAAUCCCACAAGUUGGAACAGAAAGAAUAAGGGAUUUACACAGACUUUUCAUAGUUUUCUAUUUGCAGUGAAGUCGAAUAGGAAUGUUGUAAGUUUCUGUCAAUCACCUGCCACUGCUGUUCGUAAUGGAACAAGUUAUGGGCCAACUUUUGGCAGGGAUUUAGUUCUUAAUGGUAACUUUUUAUAUUCUGCCAAUACUACAACUAAAGAUUCAUAUGGUAUAGCUAUUAGAGACAGUAGUGAACCAUUUGCUGUGGAUGAGAUUGAAGUGUUUAAAUUUG